AUGACAGUACAGAACGGCUCGAGGGCAGCUGGCCCUCUGCGCAUUCUCGUAGCGAACCGCAACGAAAUCGCGGUGCGAAUCCAGUCGUCAAUUCAGCAUCUCGGGCACAUCCCGCUCGGCAUCUACACUGCGUCCGAGGGCGUGUACGCACCACACCUGCUGCACCUGCCGCUUGAGUCGCGCCUCCAGAUCCCAGGCGACGGCGCGGCCGCGUACCUGGACAUCGCGGGCGUGAUCGGCGUGGCAAAGGAAGCCGGUGCCGACGCUGUCAUUCCCGGGUACGGCUUCCUGUCCGAGUCGCCUGCCUUCGCUGCGGCAGUCCAGGAGGCGGGGCUUCUCUGGAUCGGUCCUCGUCCCGAAACACUCGCGCUCUUCGGCGACAAGUACGCGUCCAAGCAGUUUGCGCAGAAGUGCCGUGUCCCUGUCCUGACGAGCACGUCGAGCAAUGCCUCGCUGGACGAGAUCCGCGCCUUCGCGGCCCAGCUGCCCCGUGGCACCAAGGUGCUCCUGAAAGCGCUGGAGGGUGGUGGCGGACGCGGUAUCCGCAUUGUUCACGACAUGGCGGCGCUGCAGGAGGCAUAUGAGGGAUGCAAGCGCGAAGCGCUGAGCUCGUUCGGGAGCGAUAAAGUGUUCGCGGAGCCGUUCCUCGAGGGCGCGCGGCACAUUGAGGUGCAGGUCGUGGGCGACGGGCUUGGGCAGGCCGUCGACGUCGGCGAGCGCGAGUGCACCCUCCAGCGGCGGCAUCAGAAGCUGAUCGAGCUGUGUCCGUCACCGACGCUCGCUACGCUCCCGAAGCUGCGCGCGGCCAUCAUCAAGUCCGCGCUCGACAUCGCGCGCGCCGGCAAGCUCCUCUCGCUCUCGACGUUCGAGUUCCUCUUCGUGCCCCCGUCCAGGGGAAAUGAGGGGCAGUUCUACUUCCUCGAGUGUAACCCACGCCUGCAGGUCGAGCAUACGGUCACCGAGGAGGCGUACGGCGUUGACCUCGUUGCGACUCAGAUCCGCCUCGCCCUUGGCGAGCCCCUCAAGAACGUGCUCCCGCCCACGCCGGCCGUUGCGCCCCGUGCCGCCCUCCAGCUCCGCAUCAACGCUGAGAAGCUGCAGCCGGACGGCAGCGCCGUCGGCACGACCGGCGCGCUCACCGCUUUCCUGCCCCCGAGCGGCAAGGGCAUCCGCGUCGACACCGCCGCGCACCCGCCCCUCGGCGGCGCCGUCGGCACGUACCGCCAGGGCCUGGCGUUCGACUCGCUGCUCGCUAAGAUUAUCAUUGUCGGGCCCAACUACGGGUCAAAUAUUGCGCGGGCGAAGCGCGCGCUCGAGCAGCUCCGCGUCGCGGGCGUGCAGACUAACCGCGCCCUCCUCCUCGCGCUGGCUGAGGACGAGCGCGUGGUCACAAACCGCGACAUCAGCACCCGCUUCGUCGAGCAGAAUGCGGACGCGCUGUAUGCCCGUGUGCAGGCUCUCGAGAAGCAGUGGGCGGAGGAGGCCGCUGCGGCUCCAGGCGCCUCCGUUGAGGUAGAGAUGAAGAACUCGCUUCCGCCCGCGGGGCAUGGUGAGACGUACGUCAAGGUCCAUCUCCCCGGCCGCCUUGUCAGCUUUACGCUCAAGGACGGCGCGACGGUCCGGAAGGGCGACACGGUGGCGAUCCUCGAGUCCAUGAAGAUGGAGCAUACUGUGCGGUCCGAGGUGUCGGGCACUGUUAUCCGGACACUCGCGAAGGAGGGCGACAACCUCGACGACGGCGCCGCCGUCGCGCUGCUGGCCAUCAACGACGGGACGGACGAUGGAGCGAGCGCGAACGACGCGGCGUCCAAGAUCGACCUCGACUCGAAGCCGGAAUCGCUGCUCGAGCUCGAGAAGCUGCGUGCCGAUAUGCAGGAUGACAGCGCCGUACGCGCCAAGGCGACGAAGCGCCGCCGCGACCGGGGAUACCGCACUGCGCGCGAGAACAUGGCGCACCUCGUCGACUACGGCACCUUUUUGGAAUACGGGGACUUCGCUCUCGCCGCGCAGCGCACCCGUCUCUCGCCAGAGGCCCUGGCCGCGACGCGCAACGACGGCGUCAUCGUCGGCUGGGGUAAGGUUAACGGCCGCCGCACCGCCAUCUGCAUGUACGACUACGGUGUGUUGGCCGGCACGCAGGGAUACUUCCACCACCAGAAGCUCGACCGCAUGUUCAGCGCCGUGCUCGCCAACCCCGCGCCCUUGAUUCUCUACGCCGAGGGUGGAGGCGGCCGGCCAGGCGACGUCGAUCUCGUGCACCAGAAGGUUGCGGGUCUGCACGGCCCCUCGUUCACCCUCCUCGCGCACAUGAAUGCGCGCGGUAUUCCCCUCAUUGGCGUUGGCAACGGCUACCUCUUCGCUGGAAACGCUGCGCUGCUCGGGACAUGCGACUUCAUCAUUGCCACGAGCAACAAGGGCACAAGCAUCGGCAUGGGCGGACCAGCCAUGAUUGAGGGUGGUGGCUUGGGCGUUGUCGCGCCCGAAGACGUCGGCCCAAUCUCCUCGCACCUCGAGAACGGUAACAUCGACAUUGUCGUCAGGGACGAAGAGGAGGCGACGGACAUGGCCAAGAGGCUCCUCGGCUUCUUCCAGGCGCGUCCGCCCGCCCCGCCCCGCUCAGGCGACUGGUACUGGACGCGUGACCCCAGACUGUUCCGCCACGCCAUCCCGACCGACCGGAAACGCGCGUACGACAUGCACGGUAUUCUCGACCUUCUGAGCGACGACGACACGCCCUUCCUCGAGAUCGGGCCUCACUGGGGCAACUCGAUCAUCACGGGCUUCAUCCGCGUGCAGGGCCUGACGCUCGGCGUGGUGGCCAGCAACGUGCUGUCACCACUUGGAGGCGCGAUCGACGCGCCGUCAGCUCGCAAGGCCACGCGCUUCAUGAACAUCCUUUCGAAGACGCGCGCCGGCCACCUCCUCGCGCUCUGCGACACCCCGGGCUUCAUGGUCGGCCCGAAGGCCGAGCCCGAGGGCGGCCUGCGCGCUUUCGCCGACUACUUCGCCGCGGGCGCCCGCUUCGUCGACGAGGGCGGCCAGAUUUUCGGCGUCACGAUCCGCAAGGCGUACGGGCUCGGCGCACAGGCCUUGCUGGGCGGAAGCACGCACGUGCCCUUCCACUCUGUUGCAUGGCCCAGUGGCGAGUUUGCCGGGAUGGGCAUCGAGGGCGCGGUGCGCCUCGGCAUGAAGAAGGAGCUCGAGGCUAUCGCGGACCCCGCCGAGCGCGCCAAGCAGGAGCUGGUGUUUAUCGACGAGAUGUAUGCACGCGGGCGCGCCAUCAACAUGGCGCAAAGCACCGAAAUCGACUCGGUUAUCGACCCCGCCGAGACGCGCGACUGGGUCAUCCGGUGUCUCGAGGCGGUGGAGCGCCGCUCCGGCUUCGACCCUAAUACCGGCAAGCGGUCCAAGUUGUAGAAAGCUAGAUCUGCAGAUGAUAUGGAUAGAAGUG